AUGCUUCCAAUAACUGAACUGCUACUCUCCACUUGGUGGCUAAUUCUGCCGAUUAUUGCUCUAGUUUUUCUAUAUUUACAUCAACCGAAAGAAGAAAAAACACAAUCUCGAAAAAUUCGUCGUGGUGUGGAUCGAAGUUUAACAUAUCCUCGUCAAUAUCCAUGUGGUUGGUAUCGUAUUUGUAAUUCAGAUGAUGUAUCCAGACGAGGUCAAAUCAGACGUGCUUUUGCAUUCAGUCGAGAAAUGGUUGUUUUCCGAUCGGAUGAUGAACAUAAUCAAGUUCAUGUCUUAGAAGCAUUUUGUAUUCAUAUGGGUGCCAAUUUAGGUGUUGGUGGACGAGUUAUGCCUGGUACAAACUGUAUACAAUGUCCAUUCCAUUUGUGGGAAUUCAAUGGACAAAAUGGUCGCUGUACAAAAAUUCCAUAUAUUGACGGGAAAAUACCUGAUAAAGCGAAGAUGCAUUCGUAUCCAUGUGUUGAACGCCAUGGAAUGAUUAUGAUUUGGUAUCAUCCUUUGAAUGAACCACCUCAUUAUGAUGCUAUUUGCGUAGAUGAAUUACUUGGUGAUAAAUAUGAAUUUCGAGGUAAUUAUAGUUAUCCAAAUAUUCAAAUGCAUCUACAAGAAUUCGCUGAAAAUGCUGCUGAUGUUCAACAUUUUCAACCCCUUCACGGGCAAAUGCUUAUUCCGUGGACUAAAAUACGUGUACCACUUGUAUAUGUUCAUCAUACUGCAUCACUAGUAUUUAGUGAUCAAACUCAUAUUGCCUAUUUUUAUGAUACAGCAAUGAUUCAAUUAUUCGGUAAACCGUAUGAAUCAACGAAAGUUGAUGCCUCGAUUACAUUUUAUGGACCUGGUGGUAUAACAUUAUUUCGUUUUGAUGGAGAAUUUGGUAGAAUUUAUUUAUUUCAUACACAUACACCAACAAAUUAUACUGAAUUAGACGUAGAAUUUCGAGCAUAUGUGGAACGAAAAAUACCGAGAUUUUUUAAUUGGUAUAUUAUCGGAAAUUGGAUAGCACAAUGGCAACGAGAUAUUGAUGUUUGGGAAAAUAAAAUACACAAGCGUGCACCUUUUCUUGUGAAAAAUGAUGGUCCAAUUUUAAAAAUGCGUCGAUGGUUUAGUCAAUUUUAUCUUUCUAAAGAAGAACAAGAUAAUAUUGCCGAUACACUAGACUGGUGA